AGCAAUUAGUCUCGACGAAACCAACACAACGACUGAGAACGAACAGAACUCAGAAAAAAUAAACUAAUUAAAAUGAAAUUCGCAAUUGUUCUACUCGUGGCCAGCAUUGCCUGCAUCAGCGCCCAGGGCCCUGCCGGAAAUCCCUUUGCCGCUGCCAAUCCCUAUGCGGCUGCCUUUAAUCCCUUCCUGAAUGGAGUUUUCGGUGGUGCCGGAACAGGAGCUGCCGCUGGAGUUGCUGCUCCCGUUGCUCCUGCCGCUCCCUUUGGAGGCGCCUCGAUUUCCUCCUUCUUCCAGUCGAUAGUCCUGCAACGUGAGGCCGAGCGUCUGCUGUCGCAGCCCGAUUUCCCCGUCGAUCUGGCCGAGCGUGUCCAGGAAGUGGUGGCCACCUCCCAGGAGGCGAUCAGUGGCUGCAACAACGCCACCCUCCCCUGGCUGCAAAUCCGCUGUGUGAAGCCCCUGCUAACCAACGCCAAGAACCAGCUGAAGGUCAUCGAUGACGAGUGGCAGGCUCGCUUGGCCGCCACCGCGGCUCCUGUCUAGGAUCCUUGGAUCCUGGGAUCCCCUGGUCCUGUCUCCCUGUUCCUGCUGCCCCCAGUAAAAUAACCAAUAUAACUUAGCUAGCAAUCGACCAACAUAGAUGCAAUAAAAUUCAAAAUAAGUUUAAUGCAGGAA